UCUCUCUCUCUCUCUCUCGCAUCCACAAACACGAUGGUCCUUCUUCACUCAUUUCCCGAUGAUGGCCUUCUCUCUCGUUUCCACCACCUCCUCCUCCGCUUCUGCCGCCACCGCCGUGCUAUUACCUCCACAUCACCACCACCGCCGUCGCCCUGCCGGAGACAUUGCACUUCCUCGUCGAUCCCUCCUCCUCCUCUCCACGUCCCUCUCUCUCUCCACCGUCGUCGAUCCACCUCCCUCCCCGGCUUCCCCUUCGCCGGACACCACCAUCACCGACCGCGUCUUCAUCGACUUCAGCAUUUGCCCAACCAACUUCCUUCCCAACCGUGAAUCCGCCGAUGAUGGCGGCGAUUCCAUCCUCUGCUCCGAUUCCGCCCUCCUCGGUCGCCUCGUUCUCGGCCUCUACGGCCACCUGGUUCCAAUCACCGUCGCCAAUUUCAAAUCCAUGUGUACCGGGUCCUGCGGCUCCUCGUAUAAGGGCACUUUGGUCCACAAAAUCUUCCCCGGCCAAUUCUUCCUCGCCGGUCGACAGGGUCGCCGCGACAAAGGAGCAGUCCGGCCACCGCAACAAUUACCGAGAAAUACGGAAACGGUGAAGUCCGAUUCGUUCUUGCUUUCGCAUUCGAGAGGCGGCAUUGUUUCUUUGUGCCUUUCGGAGAACGACGACGACGACGAAUUGAAAUUGGAUCCAAAUUAUCACAAUGUGGAAUUCUUGAUCACCACCGGCCCUGGCCCCUGCCCCCAGCUUGAUAGCGAGAACAUUGUCUUCGGGACUGUGCUUGAAGGUCUGGAUGUUGUGGCAGCCAUAUCCUCAACUCCAACAUACAAGCCAUCUGAGAGAAUUAGGCAAUUCAAUGAUUUGGCUAAGUUCUUAGGAGAUGAAAGGGCUCAAAAUGCAAGAACAAUAUGGAACAGACCUCUCCAAACUGUUUAUAUCAGUGACUGUGGAGAGCUCAAAGUUGCAAAGCCUUCACUGUCUCCAACUCUGCCUUAAACACAGCCCACUUGCCCUUUGUUAUCUCUCAAGGUUCCAUUUCUUUGCCUUCUCAUAUUUCUUUGUGUUCUUCUACGAAAAUUGAACAUUCCAUCCCAUGUUUUUGUUUUUGUUUUUGUUUUCUCACAUGAACAAAGGGCUAACCUGGCCUCUGUUCUUGUUUGGACCAUUGUCUGUGUUCAAACCAAUCGGAAAUCAAAUUUUGAUGUCAAUACUGUUGACAUUUUAUAUGCUAAAGAAAGCAUAAAUUCGUUGUUGUUCACU